UAAAAAGAAACUAAUAUUGUGAUUUCACAAGAGAAGAAAAGAGCAGGUUUUGAAGUCAGUCAAAGAGAGUGAAACAAAAGCCAGACAGAGCCUUUUCACAGAGAAGAGUCUUGUUCGUGAAUGCUUAGGGCUGGUAUAUGGCUGGAACCGUCUGCGCCAUGAACAGCUUCAUGGCCUUGGUUCUCAUCUGGAUGAUAAUAGCAUAUGCUGAAGCAGACAAGCCUCUUGGAGAAACUGGUACCACUGGAUUUCAAAUGUGCAAGGAUGCCCUGAAACUACCUGUCUUGGAGGUCCUACCAGGAGGAGGCUGGGAUAAUCUGAGAAAUGUAGAUAUGGGACGGGUGAUGGACUUGACAUACACGAACUGUAAGACCACAGAAGAUGGGCAGUACAUCAUCCCCGAUGAAGUCUAUACUAUUCCUCAGAAAGAGAGCAACCUGGAGAUGAACUCAGAAAUCUUGGAAUCCUGGAUGAAUUACCAGAGUACCACCUCAGUUUCUAUCAACACAGAACUCUCCCUUUUCUCCAAAGUCAACGGCAAGUUCUCUUCGGAGUUCCGAAGGAUGAAGACCCUUCAAGUAAAGGACCAAGCUGUAACUACUAGGGUUCAGGUAAGAAAUCGGAUCUACACAGUCAAAAACACCCCAACUUCAGAGCUCAGCUUGGGGUUUACGAAGGCACUUAUGGACAUCUGUGACCAACUAGAGAAAAACCAGACGAAGAUGGCCACCUACCUGGCAGAGCUCUUGGUCCUCAACUAUGGCACACACGUAAUCACUAGUGUGGAUGCUGGGGCUGCAUUGGUUCAGGAGGAUCACAUAAGGUCCUCCUUCCUCCUGGACAACCAGAACAGCCAGAACGCUGUGACUGCUUCUGCUGGGAUUGCCUUCUUAAACAUUGUGAACUUCAAAGUUGAAACAGACUUCAUUUCUCAGACCUCUUUGACCAAGAGCUACCUGUCGAACAGGACCAACUCCAGGGUGCAGAGCUUUGGAGGGGUGCCCUUCUAUCCAGGCAUCACCUUAGAAACCUGGCAGAAGGGCAUCACUAACCACCUAGUGGCAAUAGACCGUGCUGGCUUGCCUCUGCAUUUCUUCAUUAAGCCUGACAAGUUACCUGGCUUGCCAGGUCCCUUGGUGAAGAAGCUGUCGAAGACAGUGGAAACUGCUGUGAGACACUAUUAUACUUUUAACACUCACCCAGGAUGCACAAAUGUCGAUUCCCCCAACUUUAAUUUUCAAGCCAAUAUGGAUGAUGAUUCGUGUGAUGCGAAAGUAACCAACUUCACCUUUGGUGGAGUUUAUCAGGAAUGCACUGAACUGUCAGGUGAUAGUCUUUGCCAAAACCUGAUGCAGAAGAAUAUGCUCACCGGUGAUUUCUCUUGUCCUUCCGGCUAUACCCCUGUCCAUCUGCUCUCUCAGACCCAUGAAGAGGGUUACAGUCGCCUGGAAUGUAAAAAGAAAUGCACCCUCAAGAUUUUCUGUAAGACAGUGUGUGAAGAUGUGUACCGAGUGGCUAGGGCUGAAUUUAGAGCUUUUUGGUGUGCGGCCGCUGGCCAAGUACCUGACAACUCAGGACUUCUCUUUGGAGGAGUCUUCACUGACAAGAGCAUCAACCCUAGGACAAAUGCACCAUCAUGCCCAGCUGGCUACAUUCCACUGAACCUGUUUGAAAGCCUCAAGGUAUGUGUGUCUCUGGAUUAUGAGUUGGGGUACAAGUUUUCAGUCCCCUUCGGUGGGUUCUUCAGUUGUAUAAUGGGGAACCCCUUGGUUAAUUCUGAUACAGCUAAAGACGUCGGAGCACCAUCUCUGAAAAAGUGUCCCGGGGGCUUCAGUCAACACCUAGCUGUUAUCAGUGAUGGAUGCCAAGUGUCUUACUGUGUCAAGGCUGGAAUCUUCACAGGAGGGUCCCUGCUCCCUGUCAGGCUCCCACCUUACACCAAACCACCUCUCAUGAGCCAGGUUGCCACCAACACUGUCAUAGUGACCAGUAGUGAGACUGCCAGAUCCUGGAUUAGGGAUCCUCAGACCAACCAGUGGAAGCUGGGAGAACCUCUGGAGCUUCGUCGGGCCAUGACAGUCAUCCAUGGGGACAGUAAUGGACUGUCGGGAGGGGAAGCUGCUGGGAUCACUUUGGGAGUCACCAUAGCACUAGGAGUUGUCAUUACCUUGGCCAUCUAUGGUACUCGGAAGUACAAGAAGAAGGAAUACCAGGAUAUUGAGGAGCAGGAGAGUUUGGUUGGGAGCUUAGCAACAGAUGCAUCGGUCCCUGAUGGAGAACAGGAUCCAAGUCCAGCUUAAUUGUCUCCAAGGAAACAGUUUCCAGCCACAGCUUCAAGUACAUCUUUCGCUUCGUUUUCUCUACUUCUGCCUUCCUAAGUGACUGAAGUGACAGUUGCAACAGGAAGAAAGCAGGUAUUACAACCCUGGGAGUAUUUUCUUAGGCCUCUGCACCAGGAGACAUUUGAAGUGAGGUGUGAGGAGGGGUAUGAUUCAUUUGGAAAAAGCUGGACUCGGACUAAGCCACGGGGUGUAUGUGUCCAUUCUCAUAGCUGUCUGUACCUGAAUGCAUGUGUGUGGAAUGAGGAGAGGGGGAAGAGAUUGGAUUUGGAGUCUGAAUUUGAAAGGCUUUCCAGUUUGUAAGCUGAAGAGGUACGUGCUUUAAGUACAUUACUUCUUUUCUUGUGUUUUCAAAGAGGCCGUCUGGGUUUCAAUCUACAGGCAAACAGUGCCCUGAAAUGCCACAGGAGGCCGACGUGACCCCUACUCUUUAGCUUUAAGGACUUGGUGUUGAUUGACAGUGUCCUCCCCAUGAGUCACCUCACAGGCAUGUGAAGCAGACGCGGGUGGAGUUUGUACAAAUUCCAUUUCCCAACUUCCUCACAGCUAAUCUAGGUCAGUCUUGGGCUUCUGAACUGUGUGAACAAAUCCUCAGGGGGAAAAAAAAACAUAACUUAUAAUUUUCUGUUAGGGGGUGAAGGAUGAAGAAACAGUAAGGAAAUGAGUAGUAAGUUAAGGAUAAAAACCGGGGUUCUGGAGACGAUGAGAGUAUUCUAGGAAACUUUGAAUUCUUAAAUCUGUCAAUUAACAGGGUUAUAAAUGAAGAACUAAACAGAGCUCUAGUUUGGACAGAUCAAGCAGUACGGUUUCAUGUUCAUGUGUCAAAAAUAUAACUCCUUCCUCUCUAUGCACAGUCUUUCUCCUCGUCUUCUCACCACAACUGAGGGUGUACAGGGAUACACACAAACACCUUAUACUGCAGCAAGAAGCUUUUAUUUGCCUAGGGGUGAAAAAUGUGCAAGUCACAAUGAGCCUGCACUUACCACUUCCUCCCUAAAACUAAAGCUACUGGAGAAGUGCUGUCGUCCGUCUGUUAGGACUUGACUUUUACGCCGCUUGGAAGAGGGGUGGGGUGAUUUAAAACAAAACAAAAUUUAUGUCACAAAGUUAGCUGGGAAAGGCAGUGAUAUGUAUUUCAGUUCCAGGAUGGCUUCUAAGGGGCAUCUGGAAGGCUGCAUGAUUGACACCUGGCAAUAGUUAAGAGUUUUGCUCAAUUUUCAUAUCUAAAAGUUUAACUCUCUACACCAUGGAAAUUUCUCUACUACGAAAGAUGAUGUGCAAUCUCUUUAACAUUUACAAGCAAGCUCUUGUGCACAGAGUAGGCCCUCCUGAAGAACUCCAAGUGUCUCAGCCUUCAGGAACAGGGGGAGAAUUCCUCAUUCGUUUCCAGUUGAGAUACAGAGAGGAAUGAAUGACUGAAUUUGAACUCUGCCCUAAUCUGCCCAGCCAAGAGGGCUAAUUGCAUGACCUCUCCAUCAAAGCUGCCUCUUGAGCAUUAAAAUGUUCUCCUUCACCUCUGUGUCCAUUGUGGGUUUGAGGUAUAUUUUAAUGUUUCAUUGAAGCCAGUCAUCUUUCUGAAAAAUACUAGUUUCCUUCUGUAAAUUCUUUGAAUCUGCAAAGCAAGGCACAGCAGAAGACUCCCAGACCUUUAACGCAGAAACUUUCUGUUGAAUGUUUUAAUAUUUGUCCCAUAAACAUGUCACUAUACUAACAAAAAUGUGAAUAAAUAUGCAUUAAAAUGUG